AUGCUAUCGCUUCUCUGCCGUUCCCUCCUGCUCAUCCUUGCUCAACAGUGCUUCAGCCAGGCUCAGAACAAUGGGCAGCUGCCGGCUCCUCAGGGCGGGCGGGCUGCAGCCGAGAGGCGGCAGUUCUGCCAGUGGCCCUGCAAGUGCCCCAGAGAGAGACCCCACUGUGCCCCGGGCGUGAGCUCCGUCCUGGACGGGUGCGGCUGCUGCAAGAGCUGCGCCCGACAGAUCGGAGAGCCCUGCAACGAGAGGGACGUGUGCGACCCCCACAAGGGCAUGUACUGCGACUUCUCAGCAGACCAGCCGAGAUACGAGGUUGGAGUGUGUGCAUACAUGAUGGCAGUGGGCUGUGACUUGAAUGGGGCCCACUAUGAGAACGGAGAAGCUUUCCAGCCCAGCCCCCUCUAUAAGUGCACAUGCAUCGCCGGAGCCAUCGGCUGCACCCCCACUUUCAUCCAGAAGCCUGCCGGCCUCCUGGGCCCCGCCCCGCUGAUGGGCAACAGGCCAGCUGGCCUCCGCAGUGGCCAGAGUCCAAACAAGCACCAGCAGGACACUACGUACAUGUCAGCUUACAGGGAUCCUCCUUUAGCCUGGAAGAAGAACUGUCUGAUCCAGACGACGCCCUGGAGUCCCUGCUCCAAGACCUGCGGCCUUGGCAUCUCUGUACGUGUCAACAACGACAACAGCAAAUGUGAGAUGAGGAAGGACCGCCGCCUGUGCCUGCUGCGACCGUGUGAAAAAAGCAUGCUUAAGAGCAUUAAGAUGCCAAAAGGAAAGACGUGUAAGCCGAAAUUCCAGGCAAAGAAAGCAGAGAAACUGAAGCUCUCUGGCUGCACCAGCACUAAGAAGUUCAAGCCCACAUACUGCGGUGUCUGCACAGACAAGCGCUGCUGUGUCCCCAACAAGUCACGCAUGAUAAAGGUCAACUUCACCUGCAAAGGGGGCUCCAACACACAGUGGAAGAUGCAGUGGAUAUCGUCCUGCGUGUGCCAGAGGAAGUGCAACGAUCCGGGCGACAUGUUUUCUGACCUGCGGUUACUGUAAUGGAACCAUUUAACAAGUCCAGAGACACAGACACAAAGUACGAGCCCCGCUAGUAAAAUCUGAGGACUGAAACAUACUUUGGUUAUUAAGUUCUCCUUAGCGGUAGUGAUGUGCCUCAAGAAAACUAAAAAACACAAAAAAAUCCAACUACAAAACCGAAUUUGAUCAGAAAGAAUGGUGGAGACCAUUAAAUAAAAGAAGAAAAAUGUUGUUAGUUAUGAUGAAAGCUUUUAUGAACCUUGUCUUCAGGACAAGUAUGUGCAAUAACAAGGAAUAUGGCCAGUGUACUAGCUGUAACAGCAGAUGUUGUCCUGUCAACAUUACCUCAUAAUACCACGGUCAGGGAGCCUUAAAAGGCAAAUCAGGUUAUACAGAUUGAGUUGAACUCGGACAUUCUUUUUACAUGUUGUUCCUGCUUGUUUUUUUCAGACAGAGAACAUUUAAUCAGGUCAUAAAUUAGACAGUAUUGAUAUAUAACUUAUAACGGUAUAUACAGAUGA